CAGGAAGAGAUGUCAGGAGAAAGUGUGGUGAGCUCGGCUGUGCCGGCAGCUACAACACGGACCACCUCCUUCAAGGGGUCCAGUCCCAGUUCCAAAUAUGUGAAGCUGAAUGUCGGGGGAGCGCUGUACUACACCACUAUGCAGACCCUGACCAAGCAGGACACCAUGCUGAAGGCCAUGUUUAGUGGCCGUAUGGAGGUCCUUACAGAUAGUGAAGGCUGGAUUCUGAUUGACAGGUGCGGGAAGCACUUUGGGACCAUUCUGAACUACCUGAGAGACGGAGUCGUCCCAUUACCUGAGAGCCGGAGGGAGACAGAGGAGUUACUGGCAGAGGCAAAGUAUUACCUGGUGCAGGGCCUGGUGGAUGAGUGUCAGGCGGCAUUACAGAACAAAGAUGCAUACGAACCAUUCUGUAAAGUUCCACUGGUGACAUCAUCUAAGGAGGAACAGAGGCUCAUUGCCACUGCUAAUAAGCCUACAGUCAAACUGCUGUACAACAGGAGCAACAAUAAAUAUUCAUAUACAAGCAACUCUGAUGACAAUAUGUUAAAGAACAUUGAGCUGUUUGACAAGCUGUCUCUGAGGUUCAAUGGCCGAGUGCUCUUUAUCAAGGAUGUGAUUGGUGAUGAGAUUUGUUGCUGGUCCUUUUACGGCCAGGGCAGGAAGAUUGCAGAGGUGUGCUGCACAUCAAUAGUCUACGCUACUGAGAAGAAGCAGACAAAGGUUGAGUUCCCAGAGGCUCGCAUCUAUGAAGAGACCCUCAACAUCUUGCUCUAUGAGUCUCAAGAUGGCCGCGGACCUGACAAUGCACUGCUGGAGGCCACAGGUGGCGCUGCAGGUCGUUCCCACCACAUCGAUGAGGAUGAAGAGAGGGAGCGCAUUGAAAGAGUGCGGAGGAUCCAUAUCAAGCGCCCUGAUGACCGCACUCACCACCACCAGUGACUCUACAGUUUCUCCUCUUUU